AUGAAUCAAGCAAUAGAUUUCACACAAGCAAGCAUUGACUCCUACAAGAAACACGGUAUUUUAGGGGAUGUAAUCCAUGACACAAGCUUCCAACCCUCCGGGAUACUUGCCGUAGAGUACUCAUCAAGUGCCCCUGUUGCCAUGGGUAAUACGUUGCCCACUGACAAGGCGCAUUCGAAGCCUCAAUUCCAAUUCACGUUCAACAAGCAAAUGCAAAAAAACAUACCACAAGCAUCCGCGUACGUUCCUCAAGACGACGAUUUGUUCACACUGGUAAUGACUGAUCCGGACGCUCCCUCCAAGACAGAUCACAAAUGGUCCGAAUUCUGUCACCUGGUCGAAUGUGACUUGAAGCUGCUGAAUGAGGCUACUCACGAGACCUCCGGGACAACGGAAUUUUUUGCAUCAGAGUUCAAUACGAAGGGCUCUAACACACUAGUAGAAUAUAUGGGUCCCGCUCCACCUAAGGGCUCGGGUCCCCACAGGUAUGUUUUCCUGUUAUAUAAGCAACCUAAGGGCGUAGACUCAUCCAAAUUCUCGAAAAUCAAGGAUAGACCGAACUGGGGUUACGGCACCCCCGCAACCGGUGUUGACAAAUGGGCGAAAGAAAACAAGCUACAACUAGUUGCCUCUAAUUUCUUCUACGCCGAAACAAAGUAG